CUUUCCUCCGCUGCGUCUUGGGCCGCAGGCGCGUGGAGGAUUAUGGUAUUUAUGGUUUUUCCUCUAAUACCAGGAGCCCAAUGGCGGCCAGUACUACCCACAAGAACGGAGGCUGUCACUGUGCAACUGAGAGGUAAUAUUAACAAAUCACCGAUUGACUGAUAUGGCGAUAAGAGGCCACAAGGGACUUCAGCAAUUGUUAAGCAUGGCAACAUCUGUGAAUUCUUUUAUGGGGCCCAUGAAAUCAUACAAGUUUAUAUUUGACCAAAUUACUCAUGAAAGUAUAUUGACUUCUUCUUCAUUCCGACUUCUGGAAAAUCUGGAUCUCACUAGUGCCAUUGGACAACUUCUUAAUGAAACAAUUCAGGCGCAUCACAAAAGCUAUAAAACUGGAACAACAACUCUGUUUUUCAUGGUUGGGGCAUGGAGCAGUGCUGUACAGGAAUGUUUACACUUAGGGAUCCCUGUAUCGUUAAUCGUUUCUGUUAUGCUGGAUGGAUUAAAUUCAUGCAUUGGGCAUGUUCACUCUUUACAGGUAUCUCUAGUAUCCCAGGUAACUAGUGAUUGCACAAAUAUCAAGACCAAUGGCAUAAAUCAUUCAAAUUAUUCAGCCUCAGGGGAUCAGGGCAAUUGUUCUUCAGAACUAGAAAACAAUCCACUGCCUCGUGUUUCUAAUAUGAGGACAGCUUCUGAAUUUCCUGUAGCGUUCCAUAAAAAACCUUUACCGCUAUGUACUGGUACAAAUCUUUAUAAAACUCAGAGGAGAAGGCUUUUUCACAGCAGGCACUUAGCUGAAGAUUUAAGUUUUUUUCAGGAUGUGCCUGAAAGGCCUCAAACAACUACAUUAAAUAAUGAAACCCUGGAUGGCUUGGCAAAAGGCUUGGCUCAUGGCUACCAGCCAGUUAUGAACCUUGUGAAAAAUGCAGUGUGUCUACAUUGUGCAGAAAUUAAAGAAAACUCCUUAGACAAAAGCAGUUUCAACAUCUCUAGACUUGAGACGUGUAGUUUACCAGGUUUGUCCGAAGAGCACACAACUGUAUCUUUUGGAUACACUACUUUAGUCCCAACUGAGAGUGCUGCUGUCAUUACACAUCUCAAUGGAAAACCACUUCGAAUCCUUCUUGUAGAUGGUGAAUUAACUGAAAGCCAUCGUCAUCUGGGCUUUAACAAUCCAGACAAUGUUAAAAUGGUGUUUGAACAUGCGGGCAAUGAAAAACAUAACUUAGAGGAUUCUUGGAUCAGUAGGGCAUAUGAAAAAAUUAUUCAAGCUAAUAUAAACUUGAUUUUAGUAAGAGGCGAUGUGUGCCCUUUUCUUCUAAAACAGUGCAUUCAUAGAAAUAUCCUUAUUGUUACUCAAGUAAAGCAAAAUAUUCUGCAAGCGUUCAGUGAAUGCACUGGCGCAGAACCUGUGACGUACCUAACUCAAAUUAACUGCUGCUCUGUGGGCAAUGAGGCCUUUGUCACGUUGUGCACUAGAGCAAACUCCAUAAUAGAAGUAAGUCAAAAAAUAGUUAUUUCUAUCACAGCAAAGAAACUGAACCUGAUAACAGCUACACUUAGUAGCAGAAUACCAUCUACAAUGCAGUCCAUAGAAGAUCAGUUUUUGACGUGUGCAUACAGGUUACAUCAUGCUCUUCAGGAAGGAAACGUGUUUUAUGGAGGUGGGGCCAUUGAACUUUUGUGUAUUCACCACCUUCAGAAGCUCGUACAAGAAUCUUCAUCAUCUUUCUAUGCAUAUGACAAUGCCCAGUUCCAUUGCCUCUCGUCAUGGAUGACUGAAAGUGCUACUUUUUACAGAGCACCUAUUAUCGGCUGUCUUGCCAAAGGCUGGUACAAGUAUAUUUCUGUUCUUCUUUGCAACAUGGGUGGAUUCCUUUCAGAAUUGGAUGCUGUGACGUUUAUAGAGAAUGAACUUCAAAAUAUAAGCCACCACUCUUCACCUAUUGACUAUGUUCGUGAUCAGUAUUCCAAAAAAGAUUUAUUUAAUGAUGAAAUGGGUAUUUCCAUCUCACACCACAGUUUACCAGUGUAUGAUAAUGUUACACCAAAGCUGGAAGCAUGGCGCAGAGCUUUGCAUUUAGUUCUUACAGUGCUUCAGACGGAUGCUGAAGUCAUCACUAACUCCGCUACACAAAACCAGAUACUUAUGUCAGAGACUUCAAAUGGAGAAUAUCUAUUUCUAUAGGCACAUAAGACUUUGCUGGACUAGUAUGAAUCCAUAAUUUUAAGGACAGAAUUACUUGAUUUUCUAUGUUUUAGAAUAUAUUUUGAAUUAUAAGCAUAGUAUGCCUUCUAUGUUUCAGAGUAUAUUUUUUGUUGAGAGCAGACACUGGUGCUUGUCAGGGGCUCCAUUAAAGAUUUUGCAUCUUCUAGAAUAGAUACUACAUACUUAA